CAGUGCUCGGUGUAUUCUCGCAGGGUGUAUACGAUGGGGUGCGACGUGAAACGCAUGAGUGGAAAUGUGCAUUUAAUUUUUCGUUGAAAGGAAGGACGGAAACGCGGACGACUUUCGCCAUCGUGACGAGAAUCUUAUCAUUUGAGGCCUGAUGGACCCGGCUUCCUCGAGUACGUACCGCAGUCGACGGUAAUCAAGACCGCCGAAGAAUAUGGCGAUUACGAAGAACCACCCGGGUGGCCGAUCGUCGAGCUGCUUGCGCAAGUACCGACUGCUCUUCGCCUUCGGCAUCACCGUGUUAUGCGUCCAGGUCUACCUGCACACAUUUUUUGCCUUGGACAAUGACAAGGGCAAAUCCAGCCGGUUGUCGUCUGGAGAGGGAGGUUCAUCCCAACCCGAGGAGGAUGAAGGUCUGCCCAAGGGCUUACGUCAAUUGAAACUUCCACCUGAUAAGCAGGCAAGCUCAAACAAGCAAAAUCAGCUGCAAUCUCAACUAAGAAAUCGCACCACUAGGAUCAAGUUGGAUCGCAAAUUGUUGAAUUUCACACCUGCAUGCGAGAUUACGGUCAGAGAAGCCGUGAGCGCCAUAACACGUGCUCAAAGCCAAGCAUGCAAACAACGCAUUGUCAAUGUGACGUGCCUUAGCCAGCAGGGUUUGUUGUACCCAGAAAGAGUACAAUCUUUGUGUCCCCAUUCUCCAGGUUUCACAGGCAUGCCGAUCAACUUGGGCUGCUUCAAAGAUGACAAAACGUUGAGAGUGCUUUCCGGUUAUUAUCACAUCUUCAAAGGGAACAAUACGCCUGAGCGUUGUGCUUAUAUGUGUCUUCAAUCAGGAUUUCCAUACGCUGGUACAGAGUACUCAGUGGAAUGUUUUUGUGGAAUGGAAGAACCACUGCAGACGAAACGACUACCAGAUUCUAGCUGCAAUAUGAAAUGUUCUGGCAAUCCAAAACAGACGUGUGGUGGUUAUUUAAGUAUUAAUAUAUAUUGGACUGGAAUUCAAAAAUUUAAAUCUCAAGAGGCGAGAAACUCAAGUUUAAAAAAUGAAAUCGAGCAACCUAUUCGAAUAGCUUAUCUGUUGACAGUGAAUGGCAGGGCAAGUCGGCAAGUGAAACGACUUAUUAGUAUUUUAUAUCAUCCUUCGCACUUGUUUUAUAUUCACGUUGAUGCAAGACAGGAUUAUUUGUACCGCGAAAUGUUAGAAUUGGAGAAAUUGUGUAAACUAAACAAUAUUAAAGUGGCAAGAGGAGAGGGUCUACGACACGCGAGCAUUUGGGGUGGCGCGAGUCUCUUGACGACAUUUCUGAAGUCCGCACAACAAAUGCUUGCGUAUCAUCAGCACUGGGAUUUUCUCGUAAAUUUAUCGGAAUCAGAUUUUCCUUUAAAAAGCAAUAUUCAGCUGACUGAGUUCCUCAGUUGGAAUAAAGGUAUGAACUUCGCAAAGUCGCAUGGAAGAGAAGUUCAGCGCUUCAUAGCUAAGCAGGGUUUGGACAAGACUUUUGUCGAAUGUGAAGCGCGCAUGUGGCGAGUUGGAGAUCGAAAAUUACCAGAUGGUAUUCAAAUCGAUGGUGGUAGUGAUUGGUUUGCUCUAAGCCGAGACUUCGUCGAGUAUGUCGCCGAUCCAAAUCCUGAUCAGCUUGUAGUCAAUUUGUCAAAAUUGUUCAAAUAUACUUUGCUACCUGCCGAAUCAUUCUUUCAUACAGUCUUGAGAAACUCGCGAUUCUGCAAUACCUACAUAGACAAUAAUUUGCAUAUGACUAAUUGGAAAAGAAAAUUAGGUUGCAAAUGCCAAUAUAAAGCUGUAGUGGAUUGGUGUGGAUGUAGUCCGAAUGAUUUUAAGCUCGAGGAUUUUAAUCGACUACGAAACACAGUGGAUCGCAAUAUAUUUUUUGCCCGUAAAUUCGAACCUGUCAUCGAUUAUCGAAUCAUAAAUCGCAUAGAAGAAUGGCUAUAUCCUGAUCGAGUAAAUAAAACAAUCAAAGCGAGAGGCUACGACAUGUAUUGGCAAAGUUUGUAUCAUCACGCGGAUCUAAGUCCACUACCAGAUGAUGCGUUGCUAACACUCUCGUACUCCUUAGCGAGAUUAGUUUAUCGCAAACUGCAUAUGGAUUACAAAACUGUCCGCUUGUUGGAAAGCACUGCGUAUUUUCGCGAGAAUCGUUUUGCUGGCAUACUGAUUUUUAUGGAAAACAAGGUCGAAACCGCCGAUGUAUUUACACUGCCUGAGGAUCGUACAAGACGAAUGGAAGUUUUGAUUUCCACGCGACACAACUUCUCUGCUAGUAGACCAUGGAUGGGAAAAAUAAGAAGUCUUUCCGUUAAUACGGACUAUGAUCAGAAAGAGCAAACGUUUAGAAAUUUGAUGGGCAGUAUAGGGCCAUAUUCAACUCCAGUCUUGGCUUACGAGUUUGACGCGGGUGUUACAAUACCACAAAAUAUAUCGAUCCUAUGGAUUGAUCCACAUGGUCGUCUUGCUGAUGUAAAUCACAUGUUGCUUGAAGAGAUGACCUUGGUUGGACAUGUUAAGCCGCAGUUAAACGAGCAAUUAGCUGUUGGUACUUGGCGAUUGUUGUUAGUUGUCGACACGCAACUGAUAGCAAAAUUAAAAUUUCUGGUAAUUCCAUUAUCAUAUUGGAAGACCAAAAAGAUAGACUUGGAUAAGGCAAAGGAAAUAAUAAAUGGUCCAAAUACCGUUUAUCAUAUAACCGAAGAGAUGAAUAAAAGUUGGUCAAAGCUAGUGAAGUCUGCGAUAGCAAAUGAGCAGAUCAUGCAUAGUCACAACAGGAAUGAUGAGGAUUUUGAAGAUUGGCUGGAUAGAUUAGUAUACGAGCAUUAUGAGAUCGAUGAGAUAUGCGAGGCUGAUGAUGAAAUUCGGUCCGAAUCGAAGCUACAAAAGUGUCUCGACACCUAUUGGAGCUCUUUGAGCCCCGAUUCAAAGGCUGAUACUCGUAACCUAUGUCAAAACUACUGAUUAAUUAUUUUACCAACUACGUGCCAUUUUCGCCGUUUUGAAACCUAUUGUACGUGUAUAAAGAUUACGAGACAUCUUUAGAUAUUUUUAUAUUGAUUAAACUGUACAUAUAUAUAUAUACUUCAUAUUUAUAAGAAAAGGGU